CCGCUUCCGCCGCCAUGGCCGCCGCGCCGCGCUGAGCCUCGGCCCCGCCGCUCAGCCCCGGCCAUGGCGGCUCCGCUCUCGUAGCCGCCAGCGCCAUGCCGAGCGGAGCCGCCGAGGCCAACGAGGCCGCCGAGCCGGCGCUGCUGCUCCUCCAGCAGCGCCUGCAAGGACUCGGCCUCCCGCAGCCCGGCGCGGAGGAGGAGGAGGAGGAGGAUGAUGGCGGCGAGGCGGAGCUGAGGGAGGAUGAGGACGAGGAAGCCGCGCUGUUGUUGCCGGCGCUGCUACCGCGCGGCCUCGAUGUUGCGGGCGGCCGGGGGAUGAUGGCGGCGAUGCUGCCGCGCACCUACGGCGAUGCCGGGGCUGCGGGAGGCGAGCAGGCGGCGCUGCCCCGAAGGAAAAGCGUCAACACCACCGAGUGCGUGGCCGUGCCCAGCUCCGAGCAUGUGGCCGAGAUCGUGGGGCGCCAGGCGCCAGGUGGCCUGCAAUGACCUGCUGUGUGUUGAAAUUCUGGACGUCUCAAUAUAUAUCCCAGAAGCAAGGCGCCACCACAGGCAAGUGUGGUGAAUUUGACAGUGCCAAGUGCCUCCUGCAAACUGACCUCAGGAACCUGGCCUGGUGAGUUUUGUUUCUCAGAGGAAAAGCCAUCGUUCGUGUCCAGGGCCCGCUGGCAUGCAGUGGCCGGCUGCAUUCUGAAAUUCUGAAUGUCUCAGGAUGCCUCCAAGACACAAGGUGCCAGCACAGGCAACUGUGGCUGGUUUGACAGUGCCAAGUGCCUCCUGCAAACUGACAUCGGGAAACUGGGCGGUGAGUUCUGUUUCUCUGGGGAAAGGCCAUUGUUCCUCUCCUGGUUCCCGUGGCCCGGGGUUGAAGGAGUGUAGGAGAAUGCCCCCUAAUGACAGAGUGGCAAACUAGCCUUUGUCCCCCAAAAUAGGAGAAGCCCAGAAGUUUCUCCCAACGAUCAGGUGAAAAGCCACCUUAUAGGACCCCUGAAACAUCACUAAAACUUUGGGGUCACCUAAUUGGAUAGAAGCCAAAAGGUCCCGCCUGGGCCAUAAGGUAGAAAAAGGGAGAACAAAGGAACCACGAGGCUUUUGUGAAGGUGUUUCUACCAGGAUCAGACCUCUGUACCUGGCUUGGAUUUUCUGUUUAUUGUUUUUCCUUUUAUUAAACCUUUCUGUUUCUAACACUGCAACAGAAUCCAUCCUGCUCAUUAUUUGCCUCCAAAGGUAAUAGCUAAGCUAUCCUUGGUGUAUUAGGUUCCCUUUUAAGGGCUCAUAAAACCCUGGCCCGACGAAACAGAACCUAAUACGUGGCACCCGGACAGAAUUUCUCAUAUUGAGGAAGAUGGUCUAGGGACUUUUUGAUUACCUCAAUCAAAAUAGGAAAUUUUUCCUUGGUAUUUGCGUUUUUGGGGAAGCAGGCCUGCAUCUGAGUUUUUUGUUGCGUUAAAAAAGAAAACUCAGAACAGAUUUGAGGUUUAGAGGGAAUCUCAAAUCAAAGCCUCAUACCGGUGAAGAAGAGGCUGUAACCGGAGACGGGACUGGAGCAUGCAACACGCAACCUCAGAGAGCUCUGCGGAUCGGCCAAGCUGAAACUUUGUUGCAGCCAGAACCGGGGAAAAGUUUAUACCAAGAAGGACAGCCAGAAGACUCGGUGAGUUUCACCAUGGGGAAUCGGUUGUCAGUAGCUGAGCAGGAAUUUUUUUUGUAUUUUAAUUAUAAGUUAGAAAUCCAAGAUAUUCAGUUUGACAAAAACCAGCUUAAAAAGCUUGUAAAAUGGGUCUUAACAGAGUUCCCAAACUCAGAUAUGUCUCAGAAACUUGAUCCAGACUUCUGGGAUUCAGUUGGACUGAAAUUAUAUAACAUGGAAAAGAAUAAGAAGUCCAACUUAAAGCUGCGUCCAAUAUUCAGGACAGUGUUAAAAUUUGUAACAACGGAAAGUGAAAAGCAAGCAAAGAACGCACAAAAGCAAGCAAAGAUCAGGGACAGGGCAGAAUGCAGGCAGCAGGACAGAGAAGACAGGAGAAAGCGAAGUUCUGAGGGGACCCCAAAACCUUCCUUUAUGCCAGCCGAGAAACCCCGGUGGAGAGGCCGGGAGGUAGCCAGGCCAGCUGCCCCCCCGCCCACCCCACCUUCCCCAUCCCGAGACAGGGGGGAGCAGACCAGCCCUGGCCAGGCUUGCCUGCAAAACCCGUCUUCUAGAAACCCUACCAGAGCAAAGUCCUCUAUAUCUCCUCUCAAAACCUUGCUUUGGCGUUCGAAAUCGGUGAAUUUUGACAGUAAAAUCGAAAAAAGCCGAGCCGAUUGUAUCCAUUCUGAGAACAAUGGAGCACAUGGCAGACUCCAUCAUAGCCCCGAGCCCAGCUCCGCCCUUCGUGGGCGUGGCUCGCCAUCCUCCUUGGGCUCCCAGGAGUCCCUGGGUGGCUCGUCCCUGAGCUCCUGCCCAUCAGAGCAGGGACAUGCCCCUUUUGUGGGCUGAGCCCGGUCGGUGUCCCUGCCCCUGCUCCCCUCCCACAGCCCGGGACGGCACGCCCCCUCCCUGCCGAGCGUGGGAACCGGAUGUGAUGCCCCGGAACUGACCCUGUCAACAACGGCGGCGCCCAGCUCCGAGGGCUUGCCGGAACACAAAACAAAUUAUUCCUAUGCUCCACAAUGUAAUUUCAAACAAUCUAAGGAAGAGUUUAACACACAGGGAGUCACAGAUACCUGGCAGAGGAUAAGAAAGGAUGCAGUUCAGGAAGGAGAGUGGGAAAUUGCAUCGAAAUUGAAGGUUUUUCCUGUGAGGUAUACAGCAGGUCCAGCCCCGAGAGGGACCUGGCAGCAGAUCAAUUUUGCUGAGUUAAAAGAAAUUUGCAAAGCCUCUCGUUUGUAUGGUAGAGAUUCUGCAUAUUUCAGAAGCCUAUUACAGGCCACCUUCACAGCAAAUAUAUUCACCCCACAUGAUUUAAAACAGCUGUGCACAUCCUUGCUGUCCCCAACAGAAUUUUCUCUGUGGGAACUAUCAUGGAAACGUUUGUUAAAUGACCUUUUAAGAGGUUAUGCAGGAACUCCAGCCACUGCAAAUUUGUCUAUAGAUCAGCUCUCAGGUGAAGGAGCUAAUACAGAUCCUCAAAUACAAGCCCGAACUCUCAGUAAACAAGUAUUACAGGAUAUCAAAGAAGCAGCAAAACCAGCUUUGUUACAGGUUCCUGAUGGCAACAAACCAGAAUUAGAUUUCACAGAAAUAAAACAGGGAAUAGAUGAGCCUUAUAUUAAGUUUUUGGACCGUUUGAAAAUGGCAUUAGAAAAGCAGAUUCCAAUAGACCGAGCCAGACAAGAGUUAUUAAAACGGCUUGCAAUUUCUAAUGCAAAACCAACCUGCAAAAAUGUAUUACGUACAUUGCCACAGGAUCCUGAGCCCACCCUGACACAGCUAGUGGAUGCUUGCAACCGCCUGGGCACCCCUGAGCAUGCAGCAGCCAUGCAGGCAGAAGUACUGGCCAGUGCCAUCACAACAGCUCAAGAAAACACCCUAAAGCAGCAGGAAAAAGCAGUAGAAAUGCAAACACAAGCUCUAGCAGAAGCUUUAAUAGCAUUCAAAGGUGCAAUUGAAAACCAACAAAUUCCAAGGGACACGUGCUAUUCGUGUGGUCAGAGAGGUAAUUUUAAAAGGGGAUGUCCUAGGACCCGCAGAAGGCCACUGCCAAGAAACAGUGGAUACAGAGGUUUCUGUCACAAUACUAACAGCUUUCACCCAGCACAGGGUUGUUCGUGCCAUCUGCCGGGAAACAUGCAGCCCAGCACGGGGCAGUGGCGUGCCAUGACACAAGAACCACUGUACCAGAGGCCAGAGACCACCACAGGCCACCAAGUUCAGAACUGCAGCACAUCUUUGCAGGACUUCCGACCACAGUGUCCCCAGGUACCAGACUGGAGCUGUCUACAGCCCAGCCAGUGAUGCUAACCAAUGCCAUUGCUCACACAGUGUCCACAGGACAGCUGGGACCUGAACCACAACCACGUCAGUUCUUAAUAGUGGGAGUGAACAGAUCCCAUGCAGAAGGUUUUUAUGUCAUUCCAACUGUGUUAUCUAUCACCUGUUCACAGGAAAUUACAGUGUUAGCUUUGUGUCCAGACCCUCCAUGCUUUUUACCCAAAGGACUAACCAUAGCACAAGAUUUUCUCCUACCAGAGUCACAGAACAACACAGCUGUCAUCGCUUGGACCAGGCACAUCAGCCGUGGGCGGCCUUAACUCACCUGUGUCCUGAAGCACCUCGGCCAAGCCAUCACCCUCGUUGGCCUGAUAGAUACCGGAGCAGACGUCACUCUGAUAUCGAAAUCAAAAUGGCCACAGGACUGGACCAUCAUGCCUACGCUGGAUCAGCUGGCAGGUAUUGGUGGUCACUGUGAGAGCUUCCGAAGCUUGCACGCAGUCACAUUUGAGGGGCCUGAAGGUCGUGUUGCCACCACAAAACCAUUCAUUGUAGGAGCUGAUAUUGUUCUUUGGGGACGGGACAUUUUAUCACAAUGGCAUCUCAGGUUAGAAACUGGAUUUUAACAAAAGCUGUUGAUGGACAUAACACUUUAAAACUGACAUGGACAUCUAACACACCCAUUUGGGUCAGCCAGUGGCCCUUACCCGAAGAGAAACGUGCUGCUUUAGAGCAGUUAGUACAGGAACAGUUAACCAAAGGUCACUUAACUCCAACUACUAGUCCCUGGAACACUCCAGUUUUUGUAAUUAAAAAGCCAAACAGUGGGAAAUGGAGGUUGUUGCAGGAUCUCAGAAAAAUUAACAAAGUAAUUCAAGAAAUGGGUUCUUUACAACCAGGUUUACCUUCUCCUGUUAUGAUUCCAAAAGAUUGGAAUUUAACUGUUAUUGAUUUAAAAGACUGUUUUUUCAAUAUUCCCUUGCAUCCAGAUGAUGCACCAAGAUUUGCAUUUUCCAUCCCAUCCAUAAAUCAGCAAGCACCUUUGAAAAGAUAUCAUUGGCUCGUUCUUCCACAAGGAAUGAGAAAUUCCCCAAGUAUAUGCCAGUGGUAUGUUGCAAAAAUACUUUCCUCAGUUCGUGCACAAUAUCCAAAUUCUCUGAUAUUACAUUACAUGGAUGAUAUUUUAGUAGCAGCAAAGGACCAAGCAUCAAUGCAGGAGACAACAGAUCAGGUCAUCUCAGCAGUGGAGAAAGCAGGACUCACUGUAGCAAAAGAAAAAAUACAGACACUUCCUCCCUGGAAAUAUUUAGGAUACAGGAUCACAGAACAAACGGUAACUCCUCAGGCACUCCAGCUAAGGACAAAUCCAAAGACAUUGAAUGAAGUGCAGCAGCUCGUAGGGACUCUGAAUUGGCUUCGUCCACUGCUAGGCAUUUCAAAUCAGGACUUGGCUCCUCUGGCAGAUUUGUUAAGAGGAGACACAGCCUUAAACUCACCACAAGAAUUCAACAAAGAAGCUCAAAAUGCUUUAGAUAAAGUGAUGAGAGCCAUCCAGUCACGUCAGGCUCAUCGGUAUAAUCCUAACUUGUCUUUUUUGUUUGCAGUUUUAGGAGAGAGUCCACAGCUUCAUGGUUUGAUAUUCCAGUGGGAUCUAGAGAAGAAGGACCAUCUGAUAAUCUUAGAGUGGGUUUUCCUAUCGCGUCAAUUGGGUAAAACUAUAACAACUUGCCCUGAAAUUAUUUCACAAUUGAUUAUCAAGGCUAGAUCUCGAAUGCUUUCCCUUGCAGGAAGAGAUUUUGCAGAAAUCUUUCUGCCUGUCACAACCAUCUACUUACAAUGGUUAAUUCAAAAUUCAGAAGUUAUGCAAUUUGCUUUGGAAAAUUUUGCAGGAAAAAUUUCAGUCAAUUGUCCCAAACCUGAGCUAUUAAGUUCAUCCUUAAAAUUAAUUCAUAAGCCUUUAAGAAGUCAUGCACCCCUCGAGGCAAUCACAUUUUUUACAGACGGUUCUGGGAAGUCUAAAAAUCUGUGAUUGCUUGGCAAAAUUCAGAGACAAAAAAAUGGGAAUCAGAUAUUGAGGAAGUAGAUGGUUCUGCACAGAUUACAGAGUUAUCAGCAGUUGUACGGGUUUUUUCAAAAUUCACAUUUCCUUUUAAUUUAGUAACAGAUUCAAUUUACGUUGCCGGUGUGGUGGAAAGAGCAGAAGGAUCUCUGCUGAAAGAAGUUGCUAAUGAUCAGUUAUAUGGUUUGCUCAAACAGUUAAUCCUACUUAUUUCCAUUCAACAAGAACCUUACUUUGUAAUGCACAUUCGCUCACAUUCUUCUCUUCCAGGUUUCUUAGCAGAGGGCAAUGCCAUGGCUGAUUUGUUAGCCAUGCCAAUCCAGCACACGCUUCCUAAUGUUAUUGAACAAGCCAGAAUGAGCCAUGCUUUCUGUCCUCAAAAUGCACCUGCUUUAGUAAGAAUGUUUAACAUCUCUCAGAAUCAGGCAAAAGCAAUUGUUCAAUCAUGUCCAGAUUGCCAGAAAUUUGCUAUACCAGCAAUAGCAACAGGAGUUAACCCUCGAGGCUUAAAUAGCCUGCAGAUAUGGCAAAUGGAUAUCACUCAAUAUCAGUCAUUUGCAAGGUUCAAACAUAUACAUGGAUCAAUAGACACCUUCUCAAGAGCAAUUUUUGCUUCUGCACAUCAAGGAGAAAAAAGUAGAGAUGUGAUUAAACAUUUCUUACAAGCAUUUGCAUCCCUAGGUAUUCCUCAAGAAGUCAAAACUGACAACGGACCAGCCUACAUUUCUAAUAAACUGCAGGAGUUUUUCAAAACCUGGGGUAUCAAACAUACCACAGGUAUUCCACAUUCUUCCACAGGCCAAUCUAUUGUAGAAAGAGCACACAGGUCAUUGAAAAUGAUACUGGAAAGACAGAAAGGGGGGACAGAAGUGCUUUCUACAAUGGAGAGGCUGAAUAAAGCUGUAUAUGUUUUUAACUUCUUAAAUAAUUCUUUUAUGGAGCAGGUACCACCAAUUUUCAGACAUUUCAGCAAUACCAGUCAGGCAAAGCUCAAGGAAAGACCACCAGACUUCAUCAAGGAUCCAGAAACAGGACAGAUUUCAGGACCCCAUCCUCUUGUAACUUGGGGCCGGGGGUUUGCAUGCAUUUCUACAAACACAGGUCUUCGAUGGAUCCCUGCAAAGAAUGUCAAGCCACAAGUGCAGCCGAUCCGAGAGCAGCGGAUGGCACCAGAAGAAGAAUGCACAAACAACUGAGCCACGGCUAGAAGCAAAGACUGUUUUCUAAGUUUGCAUUAGUUAAAAUUGUUUACAAGAAAGUUUUGCACUGAAAAAGUUCUGUAAUUAUUGUUGUGAUAAAAAAGUUGUUAAACCUAUCUCUAUGUAAAAAUCAUAUAUAGCCAGAAACUUGAAGCCUACCUGGAGAAACACUUCACCAAAGCUAAGAUAGAAGAUUGGCAACAAAAUUUAAAAAUUAUUGGCAUUCUAAUCUAUACUCCUUUCUCCUCUUUCUCUCUAGAUGUAUAGUAAAGGGUGAGUUGAAGGAGUGUAGGAGGAUGCCCCCAAUGAGAGAGGGGCAAACUAGCCUUUGUCCCCCAAAAUAGGAGAAGCCCAGAAGUUUCUCCCAACGAUCAGGUGAAAAGCCACCUUAUAGGACCCCUGAAACAUCACUAAAACUUUGGGGUCACCUAAUUGGAUAGAAGCCAAAAGGUCCCGCCUGGGCCAUAAGGUAGAAAAAGGGAGAACAAAGGAACCACGAGGCUUUUGUGAAGGUGUUUCUACCAGGAUCAGACGUCUGUACCUGGCUCGGAUUUUCUGUUUAUUGUUUUUCCUUUUAUUAAACCUUUCUGUUUCUAACACUGCAGCAGAAGCCAUCCUGCUCAUUAUUUGCCUCCAAAGGUAAUAGCUAAGCUAUCCUUGGUGUAUUAGGUUCCCUUUUAAGGGCUCAUAAAACCCUGGCCCGACAAAACAGAACCUAAUACGGGGUGGCAAGCUGCCUGCCGAUAUUCCGCACGUCUCAGGAUGCCUUG